AUGGUGGAGACAAAGGCCAUGCCCUUGAUGAACUUCCAGUUUGCUGGUGAAGGCUGGUCACAAAACCGGAGAUUUAAGAGAAAGAGGAAACAUAGAUCAAGAGCUGCCCUUGCCACUACCUAUGUGGAGACUUUAUGCCAAGUCCCACUCUUAGUGCUGCAAUGCCCCAACCUGACGUUAAAGAAGCUGCCCUGGGUGAACAUGCCCUCAGCCAUGACCGUAUACUUCCUGGUGGUGGUAUCUUACUUUCUCAUCUCUGGAGGAAUAGUUUAUAAUGUUAUUGUUGAACCUCCAAGUGUUGACUCUAUGACUGAUAAACAUGGGAAUAAGAGACCAGUAGCUUUCUCGGCCUACUGA